CCAUCCAAAAACAAUUACCAUAUGCUCUUCAACAGACGCGGCCCGGGAGAGGCACAUGCCAUGCCAUCACAGCCAUCCCAACUACCCCAGAAGGAAUAGCGGAAGGAUUGUGACGCGUCCGAGACCGCUCCACAGGAGGAAGAGCAAGAUCGACCUACCGAGGCGGAAGAGAGGCUCGUUACACUGCCGACGACACUCGUCCCUUCAGGUCAAUGAAAGCUCAAGGUGAUCCUUGUGUGGGAGCCAAGUGAUAUGGAUCCGACUCCGCGCUAGGUGCUGAGCAAUCUUGUCGUUGAUCAUAUUAACCGCACCGAUUCGAUCGUCAAGAGAGCAGUGUUGGAAUACCCAAGAGAUGAGGACGGAAACCGUCUUCCGCGCCGCAUCACACAAGUCCAAUGUGGCCGCUCAUAUGAUACGGUUAUGAGGGUCAUAUACAACGAUCUCUUGACCGCACACGUCGCCAAUUGCGAGAUGGAUGGGAAGGACCAUUUCUUCUGCCACUUCGCGCUCGGCAACCGCAAAGGCCAUCGCACGGAUCUGGAGUGGGCAUUGGCUCACACGCAUUUUCCAGCCUCGAACACGAACAAUCCCGACCCACACUGCAAGUGGUUGGGCCGCGCAUCUGAGGACGAUUUCCUUGCUCCGGGCAUUCGGAUCCGCAUCGGGUUGUCCUUCAAAAAUCGCCCACCCACUUUCUGGGACUUCAUGCUGAUUUUCGAAAUGGGAGCACGACUCCAUUUAUGCGCUAGCAGAGACGUCACACUGAUCUUCGCAACGAGAAAGAAGGAAGCUGGUAUAUUCCGUGACGCAUCGACGAGCAACGCCAUCGUCAAAAUUGCGAACCGCGUAUUCGCUCUCGGCAAAGCUUUCUAUCGAAAGAAAGCCAAGGUUAGAGAUGGUCGGGGCCCCAAAAAGUACUCUGAUCAUGCAGGAUCCCGAAGACUGCCACAACGAGUGAUCUAGGAUGAGGUAAACAGUAUCAUGGAGAUGUUUGCCGAUGGCGAAGAUGAAAUGCUCGAGGAUGAUGACGGGAAGGUCGCGACAUUGCUACGUGAGUUCAUCGAUGAAGUGUGGGACUUGUGACCACAAGAGACGAUACGCCAUGCAGAACCGGGCGUCUGGAAGAAGACAUGAUUGCACGAACGAGGUAGGCAAGAAUGAUA